AUGCUUGUUGAGUCUCGAACAGACGUCUUCGUGGGCGACGGGCCCCGUCAUCUACCUCCAAGCCCUCCAAACGAAAAACAAACGCCAACAUUAUAUACUAUCAAUGAUGUUCUGCUCAACUUAGUACGUCAAUCGCCGGAAGAACCUCUUGUUGGGUAUCCGAAAAGCUCUCAUGGAGUGAGCGACUAUGUCUACUAUUCGGCCAGGGACAUUGACCGAUUUACGAACGGCGCGGUCAGCGUUUUGAAUGAUGCAGGACUUGCGGCAUGUACAGAAUCGACCGAAAAUCAAGUAGUGGCCAUUCUUGGUCCAUCCAACCUCGAUUAUGUCGUCUCCUUAUUCACGCUGUCGCGGAUGGGCUACGCUGUUCUGCUGCUGUCAUCACGUCUCAGCAUCGAGGCUUAUACUAGCCUUUUGGCAAAAACCAAUUGUACGAACAUUCUUUGCUCUCCAAAUUUAGAGAAGACCUUUCAAAAGAUUCAACAAGAGGUCAAAUCCCUCAACACAUAUACUAUCCCACAGCAAUCGAUAUACUCUCAAUGGAAAAAAUCAUCAGACCUUCAGUGCAGUGAUACACCGCCAGAAAAGGCUCAGAAAUGGGCAUUCAUCAUCCAUUCAUCUGGAUCGACGGGUCUUCCGAAACCCAUUUUCCAGACUCACAGGGCUUGCAUAUCGAACUACGUUGGUAGUAAAGCAUACCGGGCUUUACUCACACUUCCUCUCUUUCAUAAUCAUGGUCUUUCAACGAUGUUCCGAUCACUAUUCAAUACUAGACCCAUAUCAAUAUACAACGCAAAUCUUCCUCUUACCGGCAAGAAUGUGCUGGAGACUAUGAAAGUGACGCAACCGGAAAGCUUCCAUGGUGUACCGUAUGUUUUGAAGCUGCUGAGUGAAGUCGAAGGUGGUGUGGAGGAAUUGGCCAAAUGUCAACAAGUACUUUUCGGUGGAAGUAGUUGUCCGGAUGAUCUGGGCGAUUUGCUGGUUAGCCGCGGUGUGUGGCUUGUUAGUCACUAUGGAGCGUACAUAACUGAACUUGGUCAGCUGAUGACAUCAGAGCGAUCCCGUGAUGACCUGGCUUGGAACUAUGUCCGGCCAUUGAAGUCUGUACAGGCUUAUAUCAAAAUGCUUCCACUUGAAGACGGUUCCUACGAAUGUGUUGCUCUGGACGGUCUACCUGCCAAGGUGACCUCUAACUCGGACGACCCUCCUAAUUCCUUCCAUACACGAGACACAUUCCUCAAGCAUCCCACAUUGCCUAAUGCAUGGAAGUACCUGGGCCGCAUUGAUGAUCGAGUCACUUUGGUCAAUGGAGAGAAGGUGCUACCCAUCCCUAUUGAGCAUCGCAUUCGCCAAAGCAGAUACGUAAAGGACAAUCUUGUUUUUGGUGUUGGCAGGGCAAUUCCUGGAUUGAUAGUUGUUCCAAGCGAGGAAUGCCGGGGAAUGGACAAGAAAGAAAUUAUAAACCUAGUGUGGCCGGAUAUUGCAGCGGCGAAUGAGAGUGCAGAGGCUUUCAGUCAGAUCUCGCGUGAAAUGGUCGUGAUUCUUGGUGUUGAUACUCAAUACCCAGCCACGGAUAAAGGCACAAUGAUCCGCAACCGCUGUUACCAGGAAUUCAAAGACGUGAUUGAAGAGUCAUACCGAAGACUAGAGGAAGGUGAUUCUGGAUUUGUUGAGAAGCGAGCCCUAGAUCUUGCUGAACUCAGUCCUUUCCUCCUUCAAAUCUUCAAGAAUGAUCUCGGCGUGUCACUUGAUGAGACCACUGAUUUCUUUGAUGCUGGUAUCGACAGUCUACAGGCAAUCAAGACACGUGCAAUCAUCAAGAAGUCUUUGGACAUAGGAACUACAGAAUUGAGCCAUAACGUGGUCUUCGACUGUGGUAACAUCACAAAGCUCGCUGCCCACCUGCAUUACUUGCGUACCGGAGAGAUCCACGAGGAAGAGACUGAGAUCGAGGCCAUGGCUUCAUUGAUUGAAAAGUAUUCGACUUUUAUCAGUCGGCCAGCCCAGAAAGAAACGGUUCUUUUAACAGGCAGUACUGGCUCGUUGGGAGUAUACAUCCUUUCUCGAUUGAUGCAACAGGAAAAUGUUCAGACAAUCUAUUGUCUUGUGCGUGCCUCUAGUUCCAGCACAGCAUUAGACCGCGUCCUUUCAAGUCUAGCAGAGAGAUCUUUGCCCUUGCGAAACGUAACAAAGAUUGUUGCUCUCCCCUCUCAAAUUAGUUCUGAGGACUUGGGGCUAGCCUCAAAUACCAUCAAUGAUCUAAAAGAAAACCUCACCAAAGUCAUUCAUGUUGCAUGGGCCGUAAAUUUCACUAUUGGUGUGCGCAGUUUUGAACAGCAGCACAUCAAAGGUGUUCAGAAUCUCAUCAACCUCUGCCUUUCAAGCAAUCGUUCCACACCGGCCGAGUUCUACUUUUGUUCCUCUAUUUCUGCGGCAGCCGGUACCCCGUUGCCCGCAAAGAUUGCAGAAGCUCCUAUUCCCCAGCUAGAACAUGCCCAAAAUAUGGGCUACGCACGCUCCAAACUCGUUGCCGAGAGAAUCAUUCAGGCUGCCGCGGUAAAAACAGGAAUGGUAGCCAAGGUCUUACGAGUAGGACAAAUUGUGGGUGACACCGUCACUGGAAAGUGGAAUCCUACCGAAGCCAUUCCCUUAAUGCUACAAACUGCCGUCACUAUGAAGGCUCUUCCAGCACUAGAUGAGAGCCCAUCAUGGCUUCCUGUUGAUGUCGUUGCAAACGCAAUUCUAGAAUUGACCAAGAUCAAGCCAGACGCAAACAGCAAAGCUGAGCAAUUCUCCCACGACUCACAGGUCGUAUAUCACGUCCAAAACGCAAAAACCUUCCGCUGGACUGAAGAUCUUCUCCCUGCGCUCCGUGAUGCCGGUCUAGAUUUCGAAGUGGUGAAUAAACGGGAAUGGGUGCAGCGCCUACGAAGUAAUGAGCAAGAUCCACGGAAGAAUCCUGCAGUCAAGCUGAUUGAUUUCUUUACUGAUAAGUAUGAUAAUGAUAACAUGGGUCGUUCCGGGUUGAGCUUUGAGAUGGGAAAGUCAGAAGAGGCUAGUGCUUCGUUGAGGGGGGGUGUGGAUUUGAUUCAAGACGGGCUUAUUAAGAAAUUUGUUAAUUCCUGGCGCAAUAAUGACUGGUGA